AUGUUGCUUGAUGGUCGAAUAGUCCCUCUGGCACACGGAUAUCUCAGUGCAUCGUUGGUAGCUUUAGCUCGCCGUAGCCUAGCCGUGGCACCUGCACCGGGAAAUAUUAGCUCUGGCUUAAUAGACACUGGACGUGCUCGAAUUCCACGAGAGAAGUCCGUUAACGAAGGUGUUCUCUCCUACCGAGGACAGGAGCUGAUUAAGCUUUCGGGCAUGGGAGGCUGCGCGGGAGGCCCAUCGACUGCGUAUGAGCAGUGGAUGGAGACGGCUAGAGAGGCGGAGGAGAGGGGGGAUGAGAAUAUGACGGUUGAGAAGGCGGAUAAGUUAUGGCCGUGGGAUACGAGGAUUGAGCGUAUAUUAGACGCGGUUUUCCCAUCAAUCGGCGGUUUUAGGGGAGAGCUAGCAAAACUCCCAAGGGGGCGUAAUUUGAUCUGCCAUGAGAUAUCGCUGACAUGCGGGGUCGGUAUCGGUAUUAUUCAUUCGCCGUCCCAGCCUAUCACAGGCGAUGACUAUGCGGGAACUGCCCCACCGUUUGUGAGCAGUAGGGGUGUGCGCCCCUUCCUUGUGAAUUACAGAGUCAAAUCAUCAUCUCCCUUCUGCCCUAUCUCCUACUCGACGGAAUUUAAAUAUUAUCCCACUCUUUGGAAACAAAACGAACGCAUCCCGCGUCAGAUAUCAAACGGUGACUUAUGCCCAGCUAUGGAAUCAGGAAAAGUAGCCGCAUCACCUUGCGAGUUCGAAAGAGCACCUGGAAUGGAGAUUCUCCGCGUCUGUUCAUAUCAUCGGCAUGACUUCGAUCUAGCGGUUGCCAGAACAAAUUCCCGUGACCACGACCAAGUACGCAGCUCGCUGCUUCGAUCUAUCAAUGCUACGUCCUCAGGACUUGGACAUCUUCAGAUUCUGCCCCUUGAAAUUGUCUAUGAGAUAUGCUUCCUCCUUGAUAUUCAAUCUUUGCUCAACUUGCGUCAUGUCAAUCGCCGUGCGCACCAAAUCGUUAGAACGACCCGUGGCUACGAAGUGACAAUUACCCAUGCCUUUGAGGCUCUGUGUAUUCUCUUCCCUCCCUCUUACCAUCAUCUGUCGUGA